AUGAAAGUUUUUAUUUGUGGUGGUGCCGGUUAUAUUGGUUCUCAUAUUGUUCGUGAACUUUCAACUCUAUCUCAUUACGAAAUUAUUAUUAUAGACAAUCUUUCCAAAGGUCAUGUGGAAUCGAUUCCUGUUGGUAUUAAGUUUGAGAAUGCCGAUAUUUGUGAUAAAGAAGCUUUAGAACGUGUCUUCACGAAACAUAAACCAGAGGCUGUGAUGCAUUUUUGUGCUUCUAUUGCUGUAGGUGAAAGUGUUACCGAUCCUUUGGGUUAUUACGAAAACAAUGUGGUUGGCACAAUUUAUUUAUUACAAGCGAUGAAAAAACAUAAUGUCAAAUAUUUCAUUUUUUCUUCUACUGCUGCUAUUUUUGGAAAUCCCGAAGAAACCCCAAUACCAGAUGAUUCUCCUACAAAACCCAUUAAUCCUUAUGGUGAUACUAAACUUACUGUUGAAAAGAUUCUCGCUUGGACUGAAGAUGCUCAUGGAAUCAAAUACGUUUGUCUUAGAUAUUUUAAUGCUUGUGGUGCUCAUGAAAGUGGAAAAAUUGGUGAAGAGCAUGAUCCUGAAACUCAUUUAAUACCGCUUAUUCUUCAAGUAGCUCUUGGUAAAAGAGAGAAAAUUAAAAUUUAUGGUGAUAAAUAUGAUACUAAGGAUGGAACUUGUAUUAGAGAUUAUGUACAUGUAACAGAUUUAGCAACUGCUCACAUAAAAGCAUUAGAAUAUCUUGUAAGAGAAAACAAAUCUAAUAAAUUUAAUUUAGGUUCAGGUGAGGGAUAUUCAGUUAAAGAAGUAAUUGAAGCUUCUAGAAAAGUUACUGGGCAUCCUAUUCCUGAAAUAAUUGAUGAACCUAGAUCUGGUGAUCCUGACAUAUUAAUUGCUGGAUCGGAAAGAGCAGAAAAAAUUCUUGGUUGGAAGAGAAAAUAUAAUACAAUUGAAGAUAUUGUUAAAACUGCUUGGAAAUAUCAUCAGUCUCAUCCAAAUGGGUAUAAAUAA